UAACUCAGGGUUCUUUUUCCGCCAUGAACUCUUAACACCAUAUAAAUGGUACUGGAGAGUAGAGUCAGUCAGUCGUUCACCAUACAGCUGAGUUGCGUUAUGACCCAUUCCGCAGGCCUGAUGUUAGAUAUUACUGCGACAUGGAUUAUGACCCCUUUCUAUUCAUGGAAGAUCAUGACAAAGUUUAUGGCUUCACAAUAUCUAUGCCAGAAUGGGAACCGACUAUUCCCUCGUUAUGGUCCCAGGUGAAAGACUUCAUCGCGGAAUAUCCUCAAUAUGUGUCACCAGACAACUCAAUGGAUUUUCUAUCUGACAACGCGGGUGAUUCUUACAACAUGUGUCACUUUUGGUCAAACUUUGAGAUUGCAGAUAUGGAUUUCUGGAGAAGCGAAGCUUAUACGAAGUUUUUCGAGUACCUUGAGAACACAGGAGGGUUCUACUAUGAGAGAUGGGGAGACGCACCUGUUCAUAGCAUCGCCGCAGCCUUGUUUACGCGCAAAGAUCAAAUACAUUUCUUUAAGGAUAUAGGUUAUAAACACGCUGAAUUCGCUCAUUGUCCGCAGGGUAAACAGUGGCGGGAAGGACACUGUUCGUGUGAUCCAAACGACAACUUCGAUUAUGCCCAAAAUUCGUGCCUUAGACACUUUAUGCGGUUGCACGAUUAGUAGCAGGCGUACGCUUCAAUACAUGUGUAUUUCUACCAUAGGCUGCUGUAGGGUAAACUAAUACAAGUCAUUUGAUCCUAAUAAUAAUGCAUAUUUUGAUGGUCAUGGCUAUCAGGCACGGUCAACAGGGUCGCAGUGUCGUUAACGAGACAUAUGU